AUGAAACCCGCUCGCUGGAUUGUUUUCACGGUUCUAGAGGGCCUUCUCGACGUUCUCUUGCUCGUUCCCGUGAUCAGGGUCGUCUUGAGCCUGCAUAUGAAAUUCCAGAACAAGCUCUGGGCCAUGGCCGUCUUCAUCACUAGAUGCAUGGUGUGGAUCCCAUCCGUUGCCCACCUCGUCUACUUCAUCAGAUACAUCCGCCAUGGCCGGGACAUCAUCGACAUCGUCCCCACCAUCGUCACCGAGGAGAUCUGGGUCUGCACGGCUCUCACCCUGUCAUCUGCCCCCGUCCUGAUGCGCGUCACCAAGAAAUUCACCACGCUGGGUGUGCAGAUCGCCGAGUCGACGAUCCAACAAGGAUCUACUUCCAAGUCGAAGGAGAAUAGCGGGCUGUUCGCGUGGAAGGGGGGUGGACUUCAAGGCCUGUCCAGCUUCAAGAUGACGGACAUUGCUGCGAUGAGCGGAUCUGAUCCGUCGGGUCAGAAAAUAGUACGACCGGAAAAGGAUGACAGACUCAACAUCAUCCAAAUCGACGCGAGAGUCAAGGGCGAGGGCGCGUCGACUGAGAGCGUGCCAGAGUCACAGAUCGGGAUUUUGAGACAAAUGGAUUUCGACGUUCACUCAGAGUCUAAAUGA